AUGCUGAGUCCAGUUGGCAAGUUUGGCCUUCUCUUCGACAGCCACACAUGUUGUAGCACGGAGGUGGACACGAUGUUGGCUGCCUUGGGGUGGCAGGUCAACCGGUGUCACCAACGUCCCGAACUGCUGCUGCGAUCACGGGUUGACAGUGGAGUUGGGAGUUGGCAGUGCUGUCUUGGCAGAGAGGCAGAGUGUGACGGUGGUGGUGGUGGUGAUGGUGGUGGUGGUGGUGGUGGUGGUGGUGUCAAAGGACGAAAAGUGGAGGGAAUGUGUUGUGCUUGA